AUGGAUGACGGACUUACCAAUGAACAGACGGAGAAGGUGUUACAACUACAAGAUCUCACUGGCAUUGAAGAUAUGAGUGUAUGUCGUGAUGUUCUGAUAAGGCAUCAAUGGGAUUUGGAGGUCGCCGUACAAGAGCAAAUGAACAUACGGGAAGGUAGACCCUCAUCUUAUGUAGGUUCCCGGGAGGUGCGUGCCCCAACUGUUAUCAAUGAUCGUUUCCUGCAACAAGUCUUCUCAGCACACAUGCCUGGGGGGCGAACUUCGCGAGGUAGCAGUGCUGGUCCCAUGCCACGUAGUAUAACUGGUAUUAUUGGUUACAUUAUCAAUAUGGUGUUUCAAUAUUGUUAUUCCACAAUAUCGAGCAUUUUGGGUGCUUUCUUUGGCGGAAACGAGGAGAGAAUUGUCACAGAUCCCUUAGGUGAUGUCAUGAGUUUUAUACGUAGCUACAAUGAACGUUAUCCAGAACACCCGGUGUUCUAUCAGGGUACAUAUGCCCAGGCAUUGAAUGAUGCCAAACAAGAAUUACGUUUCUUGCUGGUCUAUCUACAUAAAGAUCCUACGAAAAACAGUGAUGUCGAUACAUUCUGUAGUCAAACGUUGGCUAAUCGCAAUGUCAUAGAUUUCAUUAAUCGCAAUACUUUAUUUUGGGGUUGCGAUGUAUCAUCGCCCGAAGGUUAUCGUGUCUCACAUUCAAUAAAUGCCCGUACAUAUCCCAUUAUGGUACUGAUAGCUUUGAGAGCUAAUCGUAUGGUUAUAGAAAUUGUACGAUUGAAAAUGGAAUUAGCCGAACAAGUACCAUCUGAACCACCCGCCGAUGCUUUGGAUGCCAUUAGUGUAGUAUUUAAACUGCCCAAUGGUGCACGUAUUGAACGUAGAUUCCAACAAUCAAAUUCACUAUUAGAUCUUUCCAAUUACUUAUUUUGCCAUCCAUCAACACCGGAUGAAUUUGAAAUUACAACGAAUUUCCCCAAAAGAGUUUUAUAUUCAAAAUCCUAUGAAACGGAUAAUGAUGCUGCCACAUUAUCAAUUGCUAAUAAGACAUUAGUUGAGGUUGGUUUGACAAAUCGUGAGGUACUAUUUGUUAAUGAUUUGGAAGCGUAAUAUUUAGAGUACAUUAUUGUGAUGUAUGCGAA